AAACACAUGGGACACAUGCGUGAAAGACGGGAUCUGUGCAUCAUGACUGGUGUUUGGUUUCUGUUCAGGCGUUUGCUGCAGAUGGGGGUGUUCAACUGUCAGCUGUACAACAAUCUGGGCCUGUGCUGCUUCUACGCCCAGCAGUAUGACAUGACCCUGUCGUCCUUCGAGCGAGCAUUAGCCCUGGUGUCCAGUGAUGAGGAACAGGCUGAUGUCUGGUAUAAUCUGGGACAUGUUGCAGUGGGCAUUGGUGACUUGACUCUGGCUUACCAAUGCUUCAAACUGGCCUUGGCUUUCAACAACAACCACGGUGAAGCUUAUAAUAACUUGGCCGUAUUGGAGCUACGGAAAGGCCGGAUCGAGCAGGCGAAAGCUUUUCUGCAGACGGCUGCUUCAUUGUCUCCUCACAUGUAUGAACCACAUUUUAACUUCGCCACACUCUCUGAUAAGGUUGGAGAUCUUCAGAGUAGUUACACGGCUGCUCAGAAAUCAGAGGAUGCGUUUCCUGAGCAUGUGGACACUCAGCAGAUCCUGAAAAACCUCAGACAGCAUUUUGCCACUCUAUAAGAUGAUCAACUCUUAUAUCAUCACAUCAAUGUUGGGAGAUGCAAAUGACUUGCACAGACUGGCUUUACAU